CCAGGACAGGCCGGCUACAAAAAGACCAGGAAGACUUGUGUCCUCACAGUUUAUCCACACACACACCUGACUUGUAUUGGCCCGAAGACCCUCCCUGUCCAUCUCUUGAUCUGUAAUGGAGUCUGCUAUUGGUGUGCUGGUGGCCCAGUUCAAGGCGCAUGCUGGCAGCGAUGGUUCCUCUGACACACUGAGCAGAGAUGAGUUCCACAGACUGGUCAAAUCAGAGCUCCCCAACUUUGUCAAGAAUGCUGCCGACCCCACUGCCAUUGACCAGCUCAUGAGCUCAUUGGACAAGAACAAUGAUGGAGAGCUCAACUUCCUGGAGUUCUGGCAGCUGAUUGGACAUCUCGCAAGCAAGCAUGGGGGGUUCAGCCAAUAGGGAGUCCUCAGAUACUCUGUUACAGUUUCACGUCUGUCACUGGCUUGUCUGUGUGCCAUGUAGUUUGAGAAAAUGGGAAAACAGCCAAAUGGAAAACACCCUAAAGUCUAUUUCAACUGCACAACGCUGUGUUUUUGCCAGUCUUUCUGUAUUUCUUCUCACCCUGUCCUCUCACCUGCAGCUGCCAAACUGGCACAGACUCUGUCAGAGAAUACUAUUGAACAGCAAUAUUAGAACCAGUCCUUGCUGUUUCCCAGAACACACACACACACUCACAGCUGCUUGUGCUUACAGGUCUUCAAGAAUGGGAAUGCAUUGUGUGAAAACAGAGAGUGUGUGUGUAAGCAUUAUGUAUUCUUGGCUUGUGUAAUACUUAGGAAAAGCAUCUUGUGAUGUUUGUCAUCUUCCUCCCGGGCACAAACAGAAGCUGCAGUGUUGGCAAAGCAGGAUUUUAAUGUGAAAAGCUACAAAUAAAUGUAAAUAAAAUAUAAAAACGU